CACAUAGUCCGACGGUCUUGCAUUGUUUGGGAAACCGAAAUGAUUAUAAAUAGCAUUUUAAACACAAUGACUGGGAGGGAUAUAACAUAUUGAUUUUCUUCGAGGUAUUGACACGGGAUUUUCCAAUAUACGUUGAUACUAUUUAUAACCGCCGAGAGGGGUAUAGCAUAUUGAUUUUUUUCGGGGUAUUGACGCUGGUAUUUCCACAAUGCCAGAGGGGUAAGCUUAUUGAAAUAAUACAUAGACACUUUAAGCCAAUCAAAUACCGCGUUAUUAAAAUGUCAAAAUGGCGCACACAGGGGGAAUUUUUGAUUGCAACCAAAAUGCAACAGCCAGCCAUCCCAAAGGAGCAAGAGUCUGAAUUACUUUCUGAUAAUCCAACAGAGGAGUCUGUUCUUGUAGAGCAGGAGCCUCCAAACCUUCCAGAGGGGACUCCUCCCACCUUGUCAGAUCUAGAUGCAUGUAUUAUAGAGCAAGAGCAAGAUUCUGAUAUCAACACAGACAAACCUUUAGAAAGUUCUCCUCCAGAACAAGUAUAUGCUGAAGAGCAUCAUAACCACGGGGAAUGUUCUGACGGAGACAGCGACUCGGAUUAUGAUUCUGGUAUAGAUGAAGAUGAGCCUAUGGAAAUGAGUCAACAAGAAGUUGAAAGAAAUCUAUUAUCUUUCAGUGUAGAAUAUCAGAAAUAAAUGUUAUUCAACUGACAAAGCUUUUUAUCAAUUUCUUCACAAUAUAUAUAAAUUUGAAAACCUGGCCAAAUUAUGAAAAAUUUUGUAUGAAUUUUCGGGCUACCUAAAAUUUGUUCGGGCUAUGUGAUAUUUUAAUGGA